CCAUCACUGGUAUCACUGGAAGGAAUAGUGCCCCAUCACUGGUAUCAGUGGGGGGAAAUAGUGCCAUAUCAUUGGUAUCAUAGGAGGAGGAAUAGUGCCCCAUCAUUGGUGUCAGUGGAAGGAAUAGUGCCCUAUCAUUACUAUCAGUGGGAGGAACAGUGCCCCAUCAUUGGUAUUAGUGGGAUAAAUAGUAUCUCAUCAUUGGUAUCAGUGGCAGGAAUAGUGCCCCAUCAUAGUUAUCAGUGGAGUUAAUAGUACUUCAUCAUUGGUAUCAGUGGGGGUGGGGAAUAGUGCCCCAUCAUUGUUAUCAGUGGGAGGAAUAGUGUCCCAUCAUUAGUAUAGGUAAAAUCAAUAGUGCCUUAUCAUUGGUAUCAGAGGGGGUAAAAAAUUACAUAGUGCCUAUGGGCAGUAGGAGGAGGGAUAGUAUCCCCUCAUUGGUAUCAGUUGGAGGAAUAGUGCCCUUGUCAUUGGUUUCCAUGUGAGGAAUAGAGCCCUAUCAUUAGUAUCAGUGGGAUGAAUAUUGCAUUGUCAUUAAUAUAAGUGGGAGGAAUAGCUCCCAAUCAUUGGUACCAGUGGGAAUAA